GCGAAUGUAAGGAGUGAAGAAUUUAUACCCGUAAAAAUAAGCCAGUGAAAGAGUUAAAUUGCAUUAACAAACUUACCGGAUUCGCAUAUUCUGGGUCCAAAAGCUGGGUAGCAACAGAAAGGAAAAGUAAAGGAUAUUUUUGAUUCCAUUUACGAGCUAUAUAUUAUCGUGAAUUCCCAUUCCCAUUGACGAAAGUGAAUAAUUUUCAAAAGCUAUAGUCAUUAGCUUGGGUCACGAAGUUUGGGAAUGUUUACUCGGAUAGGAAUUCGUUCACCGUUAGCAUCUCAUAAUGUAAAGCUUUUGAAUGUUAUGCGUCGAGGAUCCUCUCGUCGUUUGUACAGCAAAGAGCCCCCUACCAAGCAAGCUUUAAGCAAACGUUCAAGUUGGACCAAGAGACUAGUCUGGAUGGGGAGUAUUGGAACAGGAAUUUACGUUUGGGACAGAUACUAUAACGCCCAAGCUUUGACUCGGAGUAUUCGGACCGUGUAUACAGCAACCAUUGUUGCAUUGGAUUACAAGCUAAACUUCAAUGAGCAGAGAGCUGAUCGAAUUGAGGCCUUACAUGAGCGAGUUGCUCAGCGCUUGGUGAAUAUGGUAUCCAAAAAUGGCGGUCUUUACAUUAAAAUGGGGCAAAUCGUCGCAAUGCAAUCUUCUAAUCUUCCUCCUGUAUACGGGAGAGUAUUCAAGGGAAUGUUUGAUGACGCUCCACAGAUAGGAUGGGAUGAAGUAUCUGAGAUCAUCAAAACUCAAUACAACAUGCCAGCAGAAGAAGUUUUUGCUACAAUUGAAAAAAACGCUUCUGCGAGUGCUAGCAUAGCUCAAGUACACGAGGCUAUUCUUCCUUCAGGAGAGAAAGUAGCCGUCAAGGUGCAAAAACCAUCCGUUUCCAAGCAAAUGAACUGGGAUUUAUUGGUCUAUAGAUGUAUGAUGUAUGUUUACGACAAAUGGAUAUUCCAUAUUCCCUUAUACUUCACGGUGGACUAUGUUUCAGAACGACUUCGGUCGGAAGUAAAUUUCAUCGUUGAAGCCGAAGCGACUCGAUCAAGUCGUGAAGCCAUAAAUCAAACAGAUUAUUUGAGAGGAAAAGUCUACGUUCCAAAGGUUUACGACAAACUCUCAGGAGAAAAGAUUAUGAUUACAGAGUGGAUUGAUGGGAUUCCCCUUUACAACCAACAAGCAUUGUCAGAUGCUGGUUUCAGUAAAAAGCAAAUCCUCAGUAGCUUGUUUAAUUUCCUUUCUUUUCAAAUGUUUAAUACAAAGCAAGUGCAUUGCGAUCCUCAUCCAGGUAAUAUAGUUGUGCGGAAAGUAGGUCGACAGCCUCAGGUCGUGAUUUUAGAUCAUGGAUUGUAUGUCCAUGAAUCGGAAUCUUUUCGAAAGAGUUUUGCUCUUCUAUUUAGUGCUGCUUAUACGCUUGAUCGAGCCACUAUUAUGAAAGUCAUGCAUUCCUGGGGAAUUAGGGAGCCCGAUCUAUUUGCAAAUCGAAUGUUGAAUAUUCCUAUUGAUGGUGACUUUAAAGACGAGUCAGUUCUGAAGUCUCAAGAGCAGUUAUUUGAAGAGCAGCUUACUCAGAAAUCAAGGUUUGUGAGCUUUUUACAAGACUGUCAUCGUUUACCUCAAGAAUUACUAAUGCUUGGUCGCUGUCUCAUGCUCAUCCAAAAGAACAAUCAAAUGUUUGGGUACCCGGUGAAUAGUCUAUCAAUAUUGGCAAACGUUGCUAGCCGAUAUGUAGACGAAAAACCUUCACCCCGAUGGUACCAAAAGCUACUUUCACCCAUAUAUUGGUUUUUUCAACACAUAAUGUUCCCUGGUGACAUUCGGGUCCCGGAGAUUCCUGAUUAAGAGUACAAGAUGAUAUCUGUUCAUUGACUGUCCGAAAGCAUAGGAAAUUGAAACUUAUUUCUACGAAACACUUUAUCUUGUCCUUUGCAAACUAUGAAGAGAGCAAUUCUCUAAUUAGGAUAAUAUAUGAAUAAUACAAUUGAAUUUCAACAAGACACUAAAACAUUAGAAGAUUACACAAAAUCAA